AUGGGGAAUAGCAUCAGUAGCGCAUUAUCAAAGGAGAUCCUUGAGGAUCUCAAGCUCACCACCAAAUUCACUGAAAAUGAGAUCUCCCAGUGGUACGAGAACUUUCAGAAGCAGUGCCCGACCGGCCGCAUCACACCGGAGGAGUUCGAGCAGAUCUACAUCCGCUUCUUCCCCGACAGCGACUCCAAGAGCUACGCACGGCAUGUGUUCCGCUCCUUCGACACCAACGAUGACGGCACUUUGGAUUUCAAGGAGUACAUCAUUGCACUGCACAUGACCUCAACUGGGAAGACCACCCGAAAGCUGGAGUGGGCCUUCUCGCUGUUUGACGUGGACAAGAACGGAUACAUCAACAAGACGGAGGUGACAGAGAUCUGCCAGGCUAUAUUUAAGCUGAUCCCCAAGGAGGAGCAGAGCCAGCUACCGGAGGAUGAGAACACACCCGAGAAGAGAGCCGACAAGCUGUGGGCUUAUUUUGAAAAGAAAGACAACGAGCGACUGGCUGAGGGGGAGUUCAUAAAAGGAGUGAUUGAAAACGAGAAUGCGAUGCGUCUUAUCCACUAUGAACCGGUCAAACAGUAAAGGUCCAAAUCAUUCUCUGUCCCCUCUUCUUAUUUCACUUCGUAGGCUCUUUUCCACACUUUUGAAACUUUCCACAAACGAAAAAGCCUCAUACAUUUCCAUCCUCUUCAACCCACUCAACUCCUCUGUGUAAAUACUUCCUUCUGCAGUUUUUUGGUUGCAACAAACUUUCCCUGUGCAUGAUGUGAAACUGUUUUAUUAAUGCUUGUCAAUGUAUUUAUAUUAAUUAGAGGCCUAUAGAGGAAGAAUGAUGGCGUAGUGUUUUGAAAAGUGUACAGACAAAAAAGAGGAAUAACACUGGUGACUAUAUUAAUGCAGACUAUAUAUCUGGGGAAACCAAUUGUUAACGACAUAUAAGAUUGCUAGCUUGUUUCAGCUUUUUUACAGUGUGUCUCAGUGCAGGUGGUAGCUCACACGUGUUCUACUCUAUUCACUAUUCAAUAAA